AAAGAAGGUUAUUAUAUGUAACGGAAGUUAUCGUCCGAGCAAGAAAGAAAAAUAUGUAAUAUAAGCUAUAUACAGACGGAAAAAAACUUUAAUAUGUAUUACAUGUUUGUAUACAUGUUCGGAUACAGUUAUCAGCAAUAAUGCAAAGUAAACACAGAGACAAUUUUUAUCGAAUGUGUUCAUUGACACAAAGCAACUGAACAAAGGCAUACCGCGAUUUAUUAAGUCAUCAUUUGUUAACAUUGAAAGUCAGUUAACCAGAUUUUAUAAAUAUUCAUCAGCAUGACUUGCUCCAUUUAUGUUUUUCUUAUGCAUGUUGUAUGUGUCUCUCUGGACAUGUUUCUCAGAAACCAAGAGUAUUACGACCAGCUCAACUUGAUAUUUUAUUCGACAAACAUGGACAACGACAACCUAAUCAUAACGGAAACAUCCAAUACAUUAAAAAUGAAUUUUGCUGUUGUACGUCAAAACCGUCCUUAACAGUAAACGAUUUAGAUUUAACUUUGAUCAGAUGUUUACUCGUGAAUUUCUGUGAUGAUCUUUUUUGGGAAUGUUGCCUCGGUGUGAAAAAAAUAAAUCUGGAGAAUUUUUUAAAUAACAACAAGCAUGAAAUAUUUCAUUCGUGGAAAUCGAGUGUUCAGUAUGCCUUCAACUAGGUAAAGGGUCAAUAGGCACGUCUGCAGGAACUGCAACGAUGUCGAAACGUAACUGGAAUGAACUGUAUAUUCCAAACUCUAUACUCUGCAAUCCCAGCAACCUGCCUGAUCCACUUUACUUUAUAGCAAGACCAGGGAUACGUGUUCAAGAUUUACAAGUAGACGGACUAUCGUGGAAAUUGCAAAAACAAUUUUGUCCACUUCGCAUAGCAGCUGAAGAACUGGUUGAAUUGCGGAAUACUAUGUAUGGUCAUGGCGUUGUUGACGAAAUUGAUGAUAUGACAUUUCAUGACGCAUGGAUACGAAUGGAACGUUGCAUCCUCAUGUUAUCAAGCCCAUGCAAAAGAAGUGAUGCAGCAAAAAAGGAACUCGAAGAACUAAAAAUAAGCAGUUUAGACCAAUCAUUAUGCAACCAAUAUCACACAUCAUUACUCCAGGAAUUUAAAAUGUCUUUACAAAUAGAAGAGGCCCUCCCAACAGCUACUGGAAAACUUGAUGUUAUUGCUGACAGAAUGGAUCAGUUUGAGGAGAAGCUAUAUUCGUUUGAAGAUGGCCGAAGAAUUAUUAUCCUGAGAUGGGAUGGUAACAAUGCGAAAUGCAGAAUACCUAAAUGUAUUGAAAUUGGACAUGCAACAGGUGCAUUUAUACCAUCCGAGUCAUAUGAGGGCCAUGCAAUGCAAACUGGUGUGCCUUCAUCCGGAAAUAUCUUUAAUAAGAUGAUGAAUUACGUUUCCUCUGCUGUAUCCUGUAAAACAUAUGGAAAUCAAGAAUACGAGGAUGAAGAUAACAAGAUGACGCCACAAUUACAUUAUGAAAGUGAAGAGGACAAUGAAGACAUUACAAGCGGAGACGAAGACUCUAGUGAAGAAAAUGACCUUCAUAUCUGCGGUUGGUGUAAACGUGAAUUUGUAGGGCUAUCGAAAUUUUUUAGACACAAGCUUAGAUGUAGCAGGAACAAACAAACAGCAGAGGCUUGUUGUUCUGGUGGAAAACUUGAAGCCACAGGCGGUAGUGAAUAUAAUGGUGAAAUCGUAAUUGAAAAUGUCAACGAUGAAUGGACUGAGAAGGCAGUAAAGAAAAAAUUUAAGCUACAAAAACACAACCAUCUUGGUUUCCGUCUUACUCAUAAGGAAAGGAGUAGUUUAAUUUUAUGGACAAAACUAUCAGGCACGAUGCUGAAAGACGAAGACACAUUUACUACAUGUCUUGAGCAAUUUGUGACACAGAUUUUCAGGCAAUGUCCUCUAGCAAUGCACACGUAUGUCGAAAUUCGGAUUACCUUUACCAUUGUGGAAUGGUUAGCAGGUUGUUUAUGUGAUAACUUAGAAAUAGAUGGAUGGGUUAUGAGUUUGCCUUAA